GGUCUUCUGCUCAAGGAUACGCGAAAAUCCAAUCCGCUGGCGGAGCAAAACGCGGCGCGUGGAACCCACAAAACAAGCAAGCAAGCCAAACGAAAAAAGAAGCAAAAGCACAACUGAUUCGGUCGAGUGUGCCUGUGUGAGAGUGUGUGAGUGCCGGCGUAUCUGUGUGAGUGGAUCGGUCCUGUGUUGUUUGGGCCAUUUAAUUUUAUUAGCGCUCCGCGAUGCGUCAUGAAAAUUGCAGGCAAAACACAGAAAUACAAGGAAUGAAAAAUUAAAUAUUAAUUAAAUUUUGCAUACGAAUCGAGCGGCGAGCGCUGCGAUUCCGCUGAUUGAAAUGUUAAAUAGAUAUUAAAAAUUGAUGGUGUAUUUCGGCCGCAUUUCGUGCGUCGCUCCUUCUGCCGGAAAAGUCAGACUGAGCCGUGGCCCCACAAUACAUACAUACCCAUAAUACAUCCUUACAGUUAUGUGUAUUGGCAUCUUGGCCAUCGGGAGUGCGUGUAUAUGACUUUAUUAAACUUGUAAGUCCCCAACUCGCGCGACCUUUUGCACAUUGUUUGUGGACUUUUCGACUGCUCCAGAUUUGCCAACCAUUUGUUGUUGCACUUAUCGCGAUUGCCGCACGGAUUGGACACCUGCAACCUGCCACCUGCCACCUGCACCUGCCACCUACAUCCUGCCGCGUCCUCGAAAAAAAAUUGAACUCGGAAAAACAAUGCAACAAUUGGAGAGCUCCGCACACCUCAGUGCAACGCAGCGGCAGCAAAAUCAGCAGCAGUGCGAAAGUUGUGCCCCGGGCAAAAACUGAAAAUGAAACAACUUAAUUAGUAGUUGUCGGAGUCGAGAGCAAAAAGCCGCGCACUCCCAGAAUUCCGAAUCAGCCCAGCUGGAGCUGGAGGAAGCCGGAGGUUCGCCGAAAUUUAGGGAAUACUUCGUCGAAGGAGCCAGUUGCUCCGAUAAAAGUGCUCGCGUGUGAGCGCACUUUUUCGAGAAAAUUAAAUUGAAAACAGCAUCAGCGCAGAGGCGGUAAACACUCUGAAAUACGAUUCGAGCCCGCAUAUAAAUUGCUACACUUUACACAAUGGAUUUUCCAGCGAAAAGGACUUCCACAAUGCCCCUAACAACUUCCUACAACGCCAACAUCAGACGAAGCUGCCUCGCUUUGUUCGCGCUCUUCCUGUUCGCGGCACACAUCAGCCUAACUUCCGGUCAAAUCGAUUGGGACGACGACGAUGAUCCAGUUUCCACGGUGGCCGUGGAGGCCGUUCUGGGACGAACCGCAUCCUUGCCGUGCGACAUCGAGCCGGAGGCGAAGGACGACCGGGUGUACAUGGUGCUCUGGUUCCGUGAGAGCGCCGGAAAGCCACUUUACAGCUUCGACGUCCGGGGACGACCCUUCGAGAAGGCCUUGUACUGGUCGGACACCAACUCAUUUGGGCCACGUGCGUACUUCGUCACCGGGCAGCAGCCGGCCAAGUUAUCGGUGGACAACAUCCAACUGGACGACGAGGGCGUUUACCGCUGCCGCGUCGACUUUCAGAACUCGCCCACGCGUAAUCAUAGAAUUAACUUAACGGUUAUUGUUCCUCCGCAUCAAAUACUCGUGUACGAUGCCUCCGGACGCGAUGUUGCCGGAGCUGUGGGUCCAUUGCUCGAGGGCGAUAAUAUUGUGUUGACAUGUGAAGUGCGUGGCGGUCGACCGGAGCCCACUGUGACCUGGCUGAACGGAACACGGACCCUGGAGGCGGGCAGCGGAGUCUCGAUGGGCCGCCAUGUGACCGUGAACCGGCUGGAGGUGGCCCAAAUCUCGCGUUCCGCCCUGAACAACACGUACCGCUGCCAGGCGUCCAACACGAAGCUGGUGGCACCCGUGGAGCGCAGCAUCCGCAUCGAGAUGUUACUCAAACCCACGUCAGUCAAUUUAACCAAUAAGUUGAAGGUCUUCGCCUCGAACACGCAGUACAAUCUCACCUGUAUUGUGGCCGGCUCUGUUCCGGACACGGAAAUCAAAUGGACGCAGAAUAAUCGACCCUUCAAACGUGGCUUGUUGUCGACCAGCCAGGGCAAUGGCAGAGUCAUCUCCACACUGACAUUCUAUCCACAGCCGGAGGACGACGGCACCAUGCUCAAGUGCGAGGGCUCCAACCCACGGCUGCAGAACUCGGCCAUCGAGGACUCGCUCAUGAUGAAUGUCAUCUAUCCGCCGCAGGUCACCUUGUCGCUGGGCUCCACACUGCGUCCGGACGACAUCAAGGAGGGCGACGACGUCUACUUCGAGUGCCACAUCAAGUCCAAUCCCAAGGAGCAUCGCAUCAUGUGGUCGCACGACGGACAACCGGUCACCCAGAAUGUGUCCUGGGGCAUCAUCAUCUCCACCCGCUCCCUGGUCCUCCAGCGAGUGGGACGCAUCCACUCCGGGUUCUACGCCUGCUCGGCGGCCAAUGACCGCGGGGAAACCCAGUCGGCUCCGGUUAACUUGAGGAUUCGAUAUGCGCCCGUCUGCAGCAGCAGCUCCAUCACCGUGAUUGGAGCCUCCUUGGAGGAGGCCGUGCCCAUCCCGUGCCGAGUCAACUCGGAUCCGCCCGAAAUCGACUUCGAAUGGACCUUCUCCACCAGCGGCGAGCACUUUGAGGUGCCCUCCGGCCACUACGCCACCAUCCAGGACCCCACCAUGACAACCACCAGCGAUGUGAGGCGCACGGUCGUCGAGUCCAACGAGACGCACUUCGAGAGCUACGUGGAAACCGUCAGCGAGCUGAUCUACACGCCCAAAGGCGAGCGGGACUACGGAACUUUGGCCUGUUACGGCCGGAAUGCCAUUGGAAAACAGUCGGAUCCGUGUGUGUUCCAGGUGGUGCCAGCAGCCAAGCCGGGGGCACUGCGAAACUGUACACUCCGGCCGUAUGUGGUGACCUCCGCCUCGCUGAACUCAUCGAAUCAGACGACAAUGCAUGCCAAUCAGAUGCUGCCCACACAAUACGGCAGACACGAGUCGAAUUACCCGCACAUGGAGUACGUACGUGAGCGCCAUAACAGCAGUGGCGGCAAUAACAAUGCCACUGCCCCGGCAGCUGCCCGGAACAAUGUGGCCAAUAAAAAUAUGAGGGGCAGGACCAGUGCCGGCCAGGCCAAAUCCAAUAAUAAGCAGCUCACUCAGCAGCAACUACAGCGCCUCAAGAAGCGGACAUCAUUCACACCGUCCCAAACACUGGCCGCCAUCGAGCGGCAGCGCCAGAGGAAGCAGCAGUCGCAGCAGCAGCAGCAGCACCAAGCCACUGCAACCAAGUCCGGUGGCGAUAGCAAGCCUGAUGGAUCGCCGGCCAAGUCGUCGAAGCAGCGAAUGCGGCGUGCCAGCCGAGACCCGCAGAUACAACAGCAGCAGCAACAGCAACAGCAGCAACAUCAGCUGCAUGCAGCAACAUCAAUAACCAGCAGCCAGCGGAAGCAGGCAGAAUCAAAUUUAUCAACGUCGCAUCUAGGUAAAGGCAGCAGCAGGAGCAGCAGCAGCAGGAGCCGCAGCAGCAGCAGCAACAUCAACAGCAAGAGUAACAAUGGCAAACAGCCAGCAAAGUAUUUUAAUAAGCGACAGAAAAACAUGCACAAACAGAAGCAGCAGCAAAAGCUGAAGCAACUUAAGGGAACAACAAACGAGCACAACAGCAAUAUAAUCCAUCAUUAUGCAGCUUCGAGUUCGAGUUUGAGGCGAAAGAAGCGACUGGCAGCAAAUGACAUCUUGGCAACUGUGGCGGCGGCAUCCACAUCGGCAUCAUUAUCAUCCCCACCCGCAUCCUCGGCCGCAUUAUUGGCAGCCACUGCCACGGCGGCGGUGGAAAUCGAGCAGGAUGUUUCUGCUGCUGAUGCCGCUGCUGCCGCCAGUGGCAGCAACAUUAAGCGCUCUCGCAAGUCCCUAACCAUCCUAGACAAACAGAAGCAGCAGGAGCAGCAACAGUUGCUGCCUCCGAAUGCCCCGCAAAUAAGCAACCAGCCGGUAGCAGCAAUUAGCGCCAACAAUGUUAAGGAAACAGCAGCGACUUCGGCACAAGGUGCAGUUGCAGCGGGAGUCAAGGACAAGGCGCCGUCCUCCAAGGAGGACUCCACUGACAAUGACAACGACAACGAUGGUGACGAGGACGACGACGAUGAUGACGAUGAUGGAGCAGAGAUGGAUGCUGAAACAGAGACUAAUGACGAGGAGGAUGAUGAGGACGAGGGUGGAAGGGCCCACGAUGACGACGCAGACCUGGAUGAAGAUGUUGCCCAGCUAGCCACCGACGCCGAUUACUUGGCCGACGGUCCGGGCGAUCUGGAGGAGUACGAAACUGUGGAGGAGGUGGAUGGCCAGGCGAAAAAUGUGCACAUGCUGUCCCUGGAGGAGCAGCUGGAUCUGGAGUCGCUGGAGGACAACGUCGAGGAGGAGGACGACGGCGAGGUCGAUGAUAUGUACAAUGUUAGCGAUGAUGACUUUGUGGCCAGUGUGGCUCUCUCCACAUCCGACACCACAGCCGCCACCCCGCUGCAAAGAACAACAGAAGGACCUCAUAUAAGGGAGAAAGCCACCCAAAGCCAAACCCAAACCGACUCCGCUGCCGAAUGGCAGCUUCCCCAUUUCGACUACUCACGCAUGGAGUAUAGUUUCAGCAACGGCGUAGUCACCCAGAGCUUGCUGGGAGGUGGGGCGGUAACCGGGGCUGGACACGAUGGCUUUGCGGGCGGCGGAACCAUCAAUUUCGACAACUACGACAACAUAAUCUACUCCACCAUGGAACUCGAGUGCAUGCCAGGAUACGACGGCGGACUGCAGCAGCAGUUCUUCCUGGAGGCCUACGACUCCAAGACCAAGAAGCUCAGGCUCAACAUGAGCAGCACCUACAUGGACGUGCCCGUCUUCCGGAUCGAUCUAUCAGAUCUGAUGCCCAUGGACUACUAUCCCGAUGCCCAUCCGGCCCUGCACCUGGUCGUGUACAGCGUCAAUCAGAAGGGCCGCUCGGAGCCGAUUGUCCUCGAGAAUGUGCCCAUCAAUGAGGCGGACAAGCGUUCAGAUGGUCGAAUGGGCCUGUCCAUUUUACCCCUGGCUGCUCUCCUCGCCGGCACACUAUUCACCGUGGGCAUAGCGGUGCUAUCCGUGGUGGUCAUCGCCGUUCGCAGGCGCCGUGGCCAAGGAGCCCGCAACAUGUGCGAUGACAAGGACAAGCACCUGGGCAUGGAUGUGACGGUGACUGCGCCCCUGGAAACGGGAGCUGGCCACCAGCGGCUCGUGGUGGCCUACACCCUGAAGCAGGGCAUCGAGAAGCAGCCGGACAUUUUGAGCGCCCAGAAGAGUGCUCCAACUGGCGGUGACGCCUCGUCGCCGCUGGGAAAUCGGCCGAGUGGUUUGUUCGCCGGCGGAGGAGGAGGAGGAGGCGGAGGAGCUGGUGGUGCAUCUGCCGCUCCCAUGACGGGCAACACUGGUGGCCACAAAACCACUGAUUAUGAUGGCAAUGCGCCGCAUCUGAACAGCCCGCCCUCGCAGUCCAGCACCUUGAAGCUGGAGAGUGACCCGGCGGCGGGCGGUGGUGGCCUGGUCGGUGCCCGAGGUGGCGGGAGCAACCCACCGCUUCUCUACGACGCCAUGCCCACGCUGAGUCGCUACGAGCAGCUGGGCCUGAGCAUGGCCAGCUACUCCGCCGGAGCGGCGGGCACGGGCGGCAGCAGCAGCACCCUCAGCUCCGCCGGCAGCACGGUGAGCAAUGCGAUGGCCGCCAACGGAAGUGCGGGCCCGGGUGGCUAUGCCGCCCACCUGCACCACACGCUGCCCCACAACAUGGCUCCUCAGCGGGGCCACGAUCCGCUCAACCUGGCCGACUACCUGACCACCAGCAGCCUCAUAGACUACGGCCUCAACAAGCCGCCCGCUGCGCACAUGACGCUGCCCAAGGGCAUGGGUCUGGGCCUGGGGAUGGUAGUGGGCGUUGGAGCAGGAAUGGGCGUGGGUCCUGGACCGGGAAUGGGCAUGGGCAUGGCAUCGGCGAUGGCCGCCGGCACGAGCCUGUCGCCGUCGCAGCUCAACACCAUCACGCACAAGUCGGCGGCAGGACGCAACCACAUCAUCACGGACACACUGCCCGGGCCGGAGAGCUGCGUCUAAGCACCAUCCUGUCGUCCUGGCAUGGAAACCAAAAGACUGGCGCACAGCAGUAGCCCAAAACACAUCCGAAUCAGAGUGACAGCGAACAACUACUAGUCAUGUGAAGCUGCGGUCAAGUUUGCGGCGGAGGGGUUGAAUACGUUAGUUAAUCCAGGUCAUGCCACCCCUAUAAGUUUACUGAUUCUACAGACCAAGUUUGAGAGUAUAGAGUAUAAAGUAUACAUGGUUUUAUAGAAAAGUUGAAAUCUAUUUCGAAGAAGAUACGUGUUGUUUUUAGUAAAUAUUCGCUAAAUUUUAAAUGUUUAAGUUUGUAAAACAACAUAUCCUAAAUUUACGAACUACACUGUAAACAAAAUAAUUUUAGGAUUGCAGAAAACACAUUUUAUUAGUUAUAUAGCGUUUUGUAAGCUCUAUGAUCUGAUUAAUAUAAGAUUGUUCUAAACAGGAAAUGAAAUGGAAAAUAUCAUUGUCAAAUUGAAACUAAUUUAGGAUAAAUCUGUUGUAAAAUUAUAAGCGCUGUAAGAAAGCAACUUUUAAGUUGGUUUUGAGUUUGCUCUUAACCAAAUUUGAACCGAGGGUACUACCAACUUGACCGCAGCUGUACACUUAAAAACCCUGUUCGACAGCGUCGCUUAGAAGUAAUUACUAGAUGUAGAGGAGUAGCUAAAGUACGAAUAUGUAUAUGUAAUGCGUGUGUCUGUGUCUCCGUUCGUUUGUAAAUGUUUAAGCUAAGCGUAACCGUAGAUGUACUUGUAUACUAUAUCCUCCGACUCGUGUAGGUCGGAGCCCAUCCCAGCCCCGCUCCUCAGGGUUCAGUCUUUAAUUUAAGGGGCGACCCCCAAGGUGAAACUAAUCUUCCACGACCUGUGCCCAUCGCGAGGCCGAGUGGCUGGGAGCAGGGCUCUCCAACUCGAAACUCGUUGUUGAAUCUGUUUGUCCCGGCUAAAGUGAGAAGCACAUAUCCCCUAGAAAACAUGGCCCCCUCCUACCGCAGACGCACUAUUUGAACUGCCCUCCCGCGAACGAGAUCAAAGUCGGGCCGACCCGAAAAAAGGCAAAGUUAUAUUGGACACGUCUUGCGCCAUUGCGUGCCCAGUGCUGGUCAUUAUUUAACUUUUAAACACGCGCCAAAAACAGCACCAGAUUUGAAUUUAAUGGUCACAGCAGUUGCUCCCGCUCCCGCUCCGGCUCCACUGCCAUCAGCAGCGGGGCCAGCCAACAAGUGAGCAAUAAAGAAAAGUUUAGAAAAAUAUCCCAAUCCAUGCUGCUGGCCGAAUCCCCAAUCCGGAGUACCCCAUCCCGAUUGAAUGGGUAUAUAGAACUGGGCACGGAUUUGUGCGCACGAUAGCGCAAAACGAUGACAAUAAAUGGAAAAGUUUUUAAUAAGCUAAUAAAAUGAUUUAUGCGGGUCGAGCGAUAAGAGGGAAAAAAGGCACGGAGUUCCACUUCCAGAUGGCCAUUUGAUGGGCCCGAUUCCGGCCAAUUCCGACCGACAGACACCUCAUUGACAGACGCCAACCAGUUGGACCUGAGCACCCACACACACACACAACGAAUGUAUUCUUGAGCAUUAUUUAUUGGAUAUUGAAUGGGUCGGCCCAGCUCGCAGGUUUGGGGCAGUUCCUCCUACCAUCCCACUUUCAUUGGCAAUUGUUAUCAAGGCAUUAGCACAUCGGAAAUGCUAUACGACUAUAUCUUACUCAAGACAAGGGCUAAACGUUUGUCAUAUCAGUUGGGCGAUUCUGUUCUUGACUUUCUAACGAAGAACCGUAAUGGGAAAUUAAAAAUAUCUAUGCUAAGUCAUCGAUAGCGAUUAGUGAAAUCAAUGUAUUGUCAUAAUGUUUAAAUGUAAAAGUUAUAGCAUCCAGGCAACUGGUAGAGCAAAUCGUAAACUUCCUCCAAGUUUAUACAUACAUAGGCAAGGUCCCCGCUGUAGAUAACCAAAAUCGAGUGCGAGUAGUGCAAUUUUAAAACGAUCCCCAACAACCUGUAGCAUCACGACAUCCCCAUGAUCCAUGUCGAGGUCAGCAGAUACUAUUUUAUGAGCCUCAGAGAGGUCAACGAUGUACAUACAUACAUGCAAGCCCAAGUCCCGAAAACAGACAGACAUACAUAUACACAUCAUUGUAACUGACUACAUAUGUAAAAAUGCUUAAAAUAUUUGUGAUAAAGUAAUAAUGUUAAUGAUAAGGAAUAAAACGUAAAUAUAUUAAUGAGAAUACAUUGAGUUUGAAUUAAA